AUGAAGCUUCUAGGACUUCGAAUUGGGGAAGCCAAACCCGAAUAUUGUGAUGCUAUUAAGCCUUUGGAUCAUGUAAAACGACUUCAUCAUGUUCUCAAAAAUGACAAUGCAUCAAUUGAAGAUCGUCCAAAUACCCAAGAGAGUGAUGAAAGUUUAGCAGUACCUGACGCAAGCAGUCAAAAAAGUACGCCAACGAUCGAGAGUCUGAGAGAUGAGGUUGAGAAAAUGGGAUCAUGGAAUUCAGGUCGAGAAUGUGCGUGGUAAUCUAGUGAUUUAUUCAAUAGGGUAUUCAUGCUGACAUCUCGCUAGUAAAAUUUAGAAUCAUCGAACUUGCAAUUAGUGAUAUUGGUAUGGGUAAGCAUCAAUGGCACUUGUUCAUAUUGUGUGGUAUCGGAUGGGCUGCCGAUAAGUAUAUUACUCCUCCUAAUCUCUGCCAAUGAUAGGAUCUGACGAGAAUCAGCCUGUGGCUCCAAGGGGUAGCUUUGAUCCUUCCCUCUUUAUCUGUUAAUUUUGAGGUAUCGAACCAAUUGGUUCGGUACGCCACUCUCUGGUUUUACGUUGGAUUAUCACUUGGUGCCGCUGGGUGGGGUGUCGGAUCGGACAUCGUAGGAAGAAGACUGGGAUUCAAUUCGACACUGGUUAUUACUGGAAUAUUUGCCUUGGGUUUGGCAAAUGCGCCGAAUUUUACCGCUGCCUCAAUUAUUCUGGCGGCAGUUGGAUUUGGAGUUGGAGGCAGUCUUCCCGUAGAUGGAACCAUGUUUGUACGUUAAAACUUUUAACAUGAAGCUCAGUCUGCUAAUGCCUCGAUAGCUUGAAUUCCUACCACACGAAAAACGCAGUUACUUGACACUUUUAUCAAUAUGGUGGCCAGUAGGACAGGUUAUGACUGCGCUCCUUGCAUGGCUGUUUGUUGGAACAAAUUUCGAUCCAAGCCUCGGUUGGAGGUUCUUUAUAUACUCCUUGGGAGGUAUAACUUUGGUAAUGGCUCUGGCUCGUCUGUUAUUUGAUAAUGUCGAGUCACCCAAAUACUUACUUGGCAUAAAUAAGCAAGCAGAAGCUGUAAGAUCUGUUCGUGCACUAGCACAUAAGAACGGCACCCACACUUGGCUCACCGAAGAAAUCUUGAACGAAAUCGGAGGAACAAGAGAGAUCACUGAAGAAGUGAAGUCAAGUACAAUGGUGAAGGUUCGUCGAGCGAUUGCAUCUUUUGGACCGGAAACGAUGAAAAAGAUCUCUCCACUAUUUGGAACUCUCCGAUUGGGUAUAAAUACUGUAAGUUGUGCACCGAGUAUUCCCAAUCUUCUUUUCUAAACGUUUUAGGCUCUAUUAUGGUUUAUUUGGACUGUCAUUGGAAUGGGCUAUCCAUUAUUCAAUGCCUUCUUACCACAAUAUUUAUCAAAUGGUCAUGAAACAGAAGACGACGCCAAUACUUAUCGGAACUACGUAAUUAUCAGUGCCGCCGCCAUCCCUGGCUCCAUUCUGGCUUGCUAUCUUGUCCAUAAAGCAGGUCGUCGGCGACCAAUGGCCUUUGCAACAAUGGUUGCCGGAGUAUUCAUCUUCCUUUUCACCCUCCGCGAUGACAGCAUGUUUCAACUCGGCUUUGGAUGUUCCGCAUCCUUCUUUCAAAAUAUCAUGUUUGGAAUUCUUUAGUAAGUUCAUCGGAAUUUUUACCUUGCCGAUGUGCGACUUGGUAUGUUGUGCUAACAACAUGUAGUGCAUACACUCCAGAAACAUUUCCCGGACCCAGUAGAGGAACCGGCUGUGGUAUUGCCCAUUCUCUGGGUAGACUCGGUGGAAUAUGUGCCCCUCUGGUAGCAGCGAAUAUUGGUACAUCUAACCCAAGUUUACCUAUUUACCUCAGUGGAGGUCUGAUCCUUGCGGGUAGUUUGGCAAUGUAUUGUCUCAGAAUAGAAACAAAACACAGACAUGCUUC